UUUUUGGAAUAAAGCUCUUAUCCUAAGCUCCAUUCACACCAGCGUGAUAAUGAACCAGCUAGCACUGUAAUCAGGAAGCAUGCAAAGUUCUGAAGCUUAGAACAGAAAGUGAAAGCAAACAUAAAUUCCCCUUCAGUCAAAUCUGCGGCAGCAUGAUUUAAGAUUAAAUUCAUGUAUUGAAAAUAUUAUUCAGAUCCCAUGGGACAUAACUGGAGCCAGUGCAGUGCUAUGAAGAACUAGGAGAUUAGCCUGGAUAUUAACUUGUCAUAUAGAGAAUAGAUUUCAAGUUCCGUUAUUCUGCAAUGGUUAUUUCACGCAAAACACCAAGGUUUAAUAUUCACACAGGAUUUUACUGCUUAGUAGCCAUCUUGCCCCAAAUAUCCAUUUGUUCUAUGAGUUAUCACUUCACUGAGGACCCUGGGGCUUUCCCAGUGGCUGCCAAUGGGGAACCAUUUCCUUGGCAGGAGCUAAGGCUCCCCAACGUGGUCAUUCCCCUCCAUUAUGACCUCUUUGUCCAUCCCAAUCUCACCUCUCUGGACUUUGUUGCAUCUGAGAAGAUUGAGGUCUUGGUCAGCAAUGCUACCCAGUUUAUCAUCUUGCACAGCAAAGAUCUUGAAAUCACGUAUGCCACCCUUCAGUCAGAGGAAGAUUCAAGAUACAUGAAACCAGGAAGAGAGCUGAAAGUUUUGAGUUAUCCUCCUCAUCAACAAAUUGCACUGCUGGUUCCAGAGAAACUUACACCUCACCUGAAAUACUAUGUGGCUAUUGACUUCCAAGCCAAGUUAGCUGAUGGCUUUGAAGGGUUUUAUAAAAGCACAUACAGAACUAUUGGUGGUGAAACAAGAAUACUUGCGGUAACAGAUUUUGAGCCAACCCAGGCACGCAUGGCUUUCCCUUGCUUUGAUGAACCAUUGUUCAAAGCCAACUUUUCCAUCAAGAUCCGAAGAGAGAGCAGGCACAUCGCGCUAUCCAACAUGCCAAAGGUUAAGACAAUUGAGCUUGAAGGAGGCCUUUUGGAAGAUCACUUUGAAACGACUGUAAAAAUGAGUACGUACCUUGUAGCCUACAUUGUUUGUGAUUUCCACUCUGUAAGUGGCACUACCUCAUCAGGAGUCAAGGUGUCCAUCUACGCGUCCCCAGACAAAUGGAAUCAAACACAUUAUGCUUUGCAGGCAUCACUGAAGCUACUUGAUUUUUAUGAAAAGUACUUUGAUAUCAACUAUCCACUCCCCAAACUGGAUUUAAUUGCUAUUCCUGACUUUGGAUCUGGAGCCAUGGAAAACUGGGGCCUCAUUACAUAUAAGGAGACAUCACUGCUUUUUGAUCCCAAGGCCUCUUCUGCUUCUGAUAAGCUGUGGGUCACCAGAGUCAUAGCCCAUGAAUUGGCGCACCAGUGGUUUGGCAACCUGGUCACAAUGGAAUGGUGGAAUGAUAUUUGGCUUAAUGAGGGUUUUGCAAAAUACAUGGAACUUAUCGCUGUUAAUGCUACAUAUCCAGAGCUGCAAUUUGAUGACUACUUUUCAAAUGUGUGUUUUGAAGUAAUUACAAGAGAUUCAUUGAAUUCAUCCCGCCCUGUCUCCAAACCAGCAGAAACCCCGACUCAAAUACAGGAAAUGUUUGAUGAAGUUUCCUAUAACAAGGGAGCUUGUAUUUUGAAUAUGCUCAAGGAUUUUCUGACUGAGGAAAAAUUCCAGAAAGGAAUAAUUCACUACUUAAAGAAGUUCAGCUAUAGAAAUGCUAAGAAUGAUGAUUUGUGGAGCAGUCUGUCCAAUAGUUGUUUAGAAAGUGAUUUUACAUCUGGUGGAGUUUGUCAUUCCAAUUCCAAGAUGACAAGUAACAUGCUCACCUUUCUGGGGGAAGAUGUGGAGGUCAAAGAGAUGAUGACUACGUGGACUCUCCAGAAAGGUAUCCCACUCCUGGUGGUUAAACAAGACGGGCGUUCACUCCGACUGCAACAGGAACGCUUCCUCAAGGGGGUUUUCCAAGAGGACCCUGAAUGGAGGGUUCUGCAGGAAAGGUACCUGUGGCAUAUCCCAUUGACCUACUCCACGAGUUCCUCUAAUGUGAUCCACAGACACAUUCUAAAAUCAAAGACAGAUAUUCUGGAUUUACCUGAAAAGACCAGUUGGGUGAAAUUUAAUGUGGACUCAAAUGGCUACUACAUCGUUCACUAUGAGGGUCAUGGAUGGGACCAACUUAUUACACAGCUGAAUCGGAACCACACACUUCUCAGACCUAAGGACAGAAUAGGUCUGAUUCAUGAUGUGUUUCAGCUAGUUGGUGCAGGGAGACUGACCCUAGACAAAGCUCUUGACAUGACUCGCUACCUCCAACGUGAAACAAGCAGCCCUGCGCUUCUCCAAGGUCUGAGUUACUUAGAAUUGCUUUACCGCAUGAUGGACAGAAGCAAUAUUUCAGAUGUCUCUGAAAACCUCAAGCGUUACCUUCUUCAGUAUUUUAAGCCAUUGAUUGACAGGCAAAGCUGGAAUGACGAGGGCUCAGUCUGGGAUAGGAUGCUCCGCUCUGCUCUCUUGAAGCUGGCCUGUGACCUGAACCAUGCUCCUUGCAUCCAGAAAGCUGCUGAACUCUUCUCUCAGUGGAUGGAAUCCAGCGGAAAAUUAAAUAUACCAACAGAUGUUUUAAAAAUUGUGUAUUCUGUGGGUGCUCAGACGACAGAAGGAUGGAAUUACCUUUUAGAGCAAUACAAACUGUCGAUGUCAAGUGCUGAAAAAAACAAAAUUCUGUAUGGUUUGUCAACGAACAAGCAUCAGGAAAAGUUACUGAAUUUACUUGAACUAGGAAUGGAAGGAAAGGUUAUCAAGACACAGGACUUGGCACCUCUACUUCAUGCCAUUGCCAGAAAUCCAAAGGGGCAGCAAUUAGCAUGGGAUUUUGUGAGAGAAAACUGGACCCAUCUUCUGAAAAAAUUUGACUUGGGCUCAUUUGACAUAAGGAUAAUCAUCUCUGGCACAACAUCUCACUUUUCCUGCAGGGAUAAAUUACAAGAGGUUAAACUAUUUUUUGAAUCUCUUGAGUCUCAAGGAUCACAUCUAGAUAUUUUUCAAAUUGUUCUGGAAACCAUAACCAAAAAUAUAAAAUGGCUGGAGAAGAAUCUUCCCACUCUGAGGACUUGGCUACUUAAAUAGUACUUUAAAAUACUCAAUAGAAAGAGCACAUCAGACGUGACUGCCUACAUAAAGUCAAACAGAGUAACAGCAGCAAAGAUCAAGUCAAGAGCUAUGGAUAGUUUGUCUAACCAAUAAGAAGUCUCAAGAAAUCAGCCAGUGCAGCUGCCUGCUCUCAGCUAUCAUAUCCAGCCGAAAGGUGCAUGACGAUGGAGUGGUGGGGGAAGGGCAGUUUGUAUCCUAUUUAAAAGUAAACUUCCUGAAUAAUGGAUAUAUGUGGAGAUACAGACAUAGAUAUAUAGAUAUACCUGUAAUUGUUUUGCCUCAAAUGACGUUCUCCAUUGCUUCACGCUAUGCCACUAUUUUGCUGCUUUAAUUAUUUUUAACAUUGCUUAAUAUCCUGUAGUUUACCAAACCAGUUUUUCAUACAAGGAAAAUUAGCCAAUACAUAAAAGAAAAAUCUAUCUUUCAUUUGUAUCCCUUUAUCCCCUCACUCUCCCUCAUCUUCAACUCAACCUGAACUAAACAGUUUAUUUAAUUUUCACCAUUCAUGGAAAAUCUGAUACAAACUAUGAAAGGACAAGGAUCAGGAAACCAGAGACUUCGUCACCAAAUCUCAGAUUAAUAGAAACUAGAUGUCAGGGUUUAUCAAGGAGGCCAGGAAGGCCUUUUGGUUUCAAGCCUUACAUUCAUGAAGAACCCCAAGAGCAGAUUUUUGAGAACAUUCCAAAUGAAGUUGAAUCUGCCCUCACAGAGAUACAAGAGGGAAAGGAAUA